ACUACCCCAAUUUGAUCCCUCAAUAAAAUUACUACCUUGACAGCAGCAGCCACCACCGAGCAGUCUCAAACCGCCGCCUAUAAUUCCGACUCGCGUCUUCGUCGCCCGUAAUUCGAAGUUCGACUCAUUGUCACAGAGACCACAGUGAGCGAAAUUUUGGAGAGAGAAAAUUAUGGAGAAGACAAGUAAAGAGUUGUUGCAAUUGGAGCAGAAGGACCUUUUUAAAGAAUCAGCGUUGAUUGUUUGUGGGAAGAGCAAGAAAGUAGCAGAAGAGAGACCAAAUCCUGAAGGAAAGCCCUUAACUGCACCACUUCCUAAAAGCCAAGUGCUUGGUAAGGUGAAGGAUUUCUUAGGAGUACUAUCUGAAGCUAACAAAACUCUCCAGCUCAAUGCAAAGGACAAACCAAAGGAUUUCGACAUUGAAGUUCUAGAUGGUAAUGAAUCAGAGUACAUUGAAAUGGAUUUGAUGCUUGGUGUUACUGAUCUUCAAACUCCAGAAGCCAUAGAAGCCGCAGAGGCUGCAAUUGCUGGAAACCAGCCUGUUAUUAAUUUGUAUUCCAAUGAUGGUUCUUCGGAAUCAGAAUCUAGCAGUGAUGAUGAUGACAGUGAUAAUGAUAUUGAUGAAAAAGAAAAUCAGAAGCCUGGUUCGACUGGACAAUCAGAAAUGGAGUUAGAUGGUUCUUCAACACAACAAUCAGAAAGUCGUACAAAGAGAAAACGUCCAAAGAUUGUUGAGCUUCCAUGAUGAAACUCCUUUCUAGGAACAAAUAUCACAAUGGCGAUCAUGUUUGCCUGGGAGUGUUUCAAAUGAUGAUUUGUUUAGAUCUUUAUUCUGCAGUCUUGUAUGAUUUUACAUGUGAGCAAUUGUGAUCUAUAUGUAGUCUAAAUUUUGCUGCUUAGUCUUAUACAUGGGUGGCUAUUGCUUCGUUUUUCACCUCCGAAAUUCUCAAGUUUGUACACUACCGAAUGUACACGUUUGCUUUAUUAUAUUGCAAAGUUUACGGUUUGCCCUUGUUUUUCA